AUGAAUGAGUCAGUAGUUGUCCCAGUGUCCUCAGACGACUGGGCUGCUCUCUUGCCAGACACAGAUCAUGCACGUCUCUUUAGGUCGACUAACUGGAGUGCGACAGACCUGGGCCCUCUGAGCAUAUGGCCUUUCGAGCUGCGUCUAUACACGAUCCAAGCCUUUGGCGACGUGAAUCCUGUGAAUAUUUGGUGGGGUCCCGGCUUGACGGCUAUCUACAAUGAUGCCUACGUUCCCUUCACGGGGGACAGGCACCCAGCAUCUCUGGGUGCCAACUUCAACAACAUCUUCGCCGAGGUUGCCCAUCUCAUCCAGCCACUAUUCGAUCAGGCUCGUGCGACCAGGAAAGCCACUAUCUUGGCCGAGAUGCCCUUGACCCUCAGACGAACUCUUGUCAACGAAGAGACCUGGUUCGAUGCAACCUUGGUGCCCGUUGUAUCGCACGAUGGUCUAGUAGCCGGUAUCUACAACACUGCCCACGAAAAGACACGUCAGAAACUAACUGACCGUCGGUCGCAUAUGUUGAACCAGAUCUCAACGCCAUCCACCCACUUUACGAGUACGACCGUCUACACACAUAUUGCUGACUGCCUUGCGACCAACAAUCACGACAUUCCCUUCGCCUUGCUCUAUGCUGUCCAGACCGAGUCCGCCGAUGGCAACCAUGAAUUGGAGUUACGUGCUUCAGUUGGUCUGUCACUGACACAUCCCACCAAAGUAGAUGACGGCGAUGCUAUGCUGCCCUUUCUUCGGUCUGUCGAGCAGAAACCUAUGACCGCAUCCUUUUACGAUGACUUUGGUGGCAUCGACUGGGGAAGUGUGGAGUGGAGAGGACAUCAGGAGCCGCCCCAAGUCUUCAGUGUAAUUCCAAUCACGGGCGCUGAGAGGCCUCAUGGAUAUAUUGUUGUUGGUAGCAAUCCUCAUCGGCCCAUUGACGACGACUAUACCAAUUUCGUCUCCGACUUACAGAGGCACAUCACCACGGCCAUCGUCGCCAGCAUCAGCGUCGAGGAAUCAUUAAUACGAAAUGCCCGCUUGGAAGCUCAACUCGCCGAACGUGAGCGUCAAGUGAGGUACAUGGCUCAGCAUGCCGACAUAUGCAUGAUGCAACUUGGUCCAAACGGCACUCUUGCAUGGGCAAAUGAGCGCUACCAUACCGUGGUGAGCCCAGGAAAGGAGAACAUGCCCAAGGAAACUUUUAUCCCUUCAGAUCAGAUCUUUGACGGCGACGUAAUACCAGCCAAAGAAGCUUGGCAGCAAGUGCUAAGCGGCGAAAAAGUCAAUGCCAAAGAACUUAGAUUGCAACGCAAGUAUGUCCCACCCGUCGGCGCUGCCGUGCAUUCUACCAUCCUUUUAUCAGCUUUUCCAUACAUGGAGUACAACGAAGUCAAGUCUGUCAUGGCUUGUAUGACUGAUGUCAGCCAACUAAAAUGGGCGGAGAGCUGGCAGGCCCAACUGGCCGAGGACGCCAAAGAAGCGAAAAGACAGCAAUCAGAAUUUACAGAUUCUAUAUCACAUGAAAUACGCAACCCUCUCUCGGCCAUACUCCAGCUUGCGGAUGAUAUCUCGCGAUGUUGCGAUGCUCCGUUGCCAACAAUGAAAGACUGCAUGGAUCGUCUGGCCGAGACGGUCGAAGCAGCACAAACUAUCGUCAUUUGCGCGAAACACCAGAAGCGCAUAGUGGAUGACGUCUUAACCCUCUCGAGACUGGACAUGGGUUCAAUUACACUCAAACCGACAUCUUCGCGUCCACAAGAUCUUGUUCAGGAGACUCUGCGUAUUUUCGAAGCUGAAGCCAAGGCCAAUUCAAUCUUCUUGAAUUCAACACAAGAACCGUCCCUAGCAAAGUACAUUGCUCAUCAGCAAGUCAUGUGUGAUUGGUUACGAGUCAGUCAAGUGCUCAUAAACUUGAUCUCCAACGCCAUGAAAUUUACAAAGCAGGAGGAUCGUCGGGUCGUACAUGUGACCUAUGGAGCUGCAUUACUAGAUCCACAAAGGGCCUUUCCCAAUCAAGUUUCGUGGGCAUCACAUCGCACGCCAACACAUGAGGAUAAGAUAACCGGAAAGCAGUGGGGAGACGGCACACGAGUUUUCCUCACUUUUUCUGUUGAGGAUACAGGACCAGGCAUGACAGCAAAGGAGAUGACCAGGAUUUUCAAACGGUUUCAGCAGGCUUCCGCAAAAACGUCCAUUCAGUACGGAGGGUCCGGUCUCGGCCUCUUCAUCUCUCACGAUCUCAUCAAGAAACAGGGUGGACAGAUAGGCGCCAUCUCAACACCAGGUAAAGGAAGCGCAUUCGUCUUCUAUGUCAUAGGACGCCUCACGACAGGGCCUUCACUAUCACCAGCAGCAGCACAGGUAUCAGGAUCAACACAACAUCUAUCCAACGGCAUCAACUCCCUGAACGCCUCUGCCAUCAAAAGUCCUGAAGCCAUCUCUACACCUUCGCCCACGACCCAACCCGCCAAGCCGAAACUCAAGACGAGGACAACCCAACCACCACCACAAUCAAACCUCCACCUUCUCCUCGUCGAAGACAAUCAAAUCAACCAACAGAUUCUCCGACGUCAACUGCAAAAAGCCGGCUGUACAGUCCACGUCGCCAACCACGGCCUCGAAGCCCUCGCCGUCUUACGUACCUCCUCACUCUGGCGUCCCAACUCCUCUACCUCCAAUAGCAGCGCACCUCCCACCUCCUCCCUUCCACACAUCGACGCCAUCCUCAUGGACUGGGAAAUGCCCAUCAUGGACGGUCUAACAUGCACAUCCGAGAUUCGGCGGCUCGAAGCAGAAGGGAUGUUCAUUGUGCAUCCAGAAGUCAUCGCCGUGACCGCGAAUGCGAGGCCGGAACAAGUCAGAACCGCGACGGAGGCAGGUGUAGACUGGUUGGUGCCGAAGCCGUUUACAGUGGCGCAAAUACUCGAGGUCGUGAAUACGAGGCUGAAAGCGCGGAAGGAGGGAAAGCAGCAAGCGGAAGGAGAGGGAGCAACAGAUAAAGUAUAG